AUUAGAGGGGGGCCGCCGGACAGACCACAGGCAGCGCAGCAAACGAAGAUGGUCGGGUUGUGUCGAGGACUGAGCGGGACCGGCCAGGCAAAGUCAGAGAGGGCAGACUCGCGACAAAGGGAGGAUGGAAAGAGUGAGAGGAAGACCAACGAAGAAAGUUGGAUGGAGGGAAGACGUGAAGGGGACCGGAGAGCAAGAUGGAGGACGCGCUGUGGCGACCCCUAGCGGGACAAGCCCGAAACCAAAGAAAAAGACGACGAUGUGCUCUGCGCUCCUCUGGUGCUGUCUGGCUCCUCCCACAAUCCUUUGCGCCGUCCCAGACUUGCCAGUCAUCGUGGCGACCGACGAGCGAACUUCGGGAAAACAAAGAGGAGACCAGUUGUAGUUGCGUCUGUGGGGAGUUUUUUUUUGUUUGUUUUGUUUGGUUUUGUGUUUUUUUUUUUUUUUGUUUUUUUUUUUUUAAAAGCAGAAAAACCAUGAAGGAGACGGCGGCCAAGCGGCGCGACAGAGCGGGAGGCCGAGACCGGGACUCCAAGGCCGACAAGUCCAAGGAGGCCGCCGGCGCCGAGUCACAGGACGUCGACAUGCCCGAGGCGGAGGCCGCCAGCCUGGUCAAAGCGCCCAAAGAGCUCGACAGCCUGACCCUGGAAGACAUCAAGGAGCACGUGAAGCAGAUCGAGAAGGCGGUUUCGGGCAAGGAGCCUCGCUUCGUGCUGCGGGCGCUGCGAGCGUUGCCGUCCACCAGCCGCCGCCUCAACACGCUGGUGCUGCACAAAACCAUCAGCGGCUUCUUCACCAACAACGCCGCCACCAGAGACUUCCUGCUCGCCUUCCUGGACGAGCCCAUGGACCUGGUGGACGGGGACGUGCCGUUCCGACCCAGGACGGGGAAGGCGGCCGGCAACCCUCUGCUGCCGGAGGUGGAGGCCUACCUGCAGCUGCUUCUGGUGGUGCACCUGACCAACAACAAGAGGUUCAGCGAGGCCCAGAAGGUGUCCGACGACCUGCUGCAGAAGAUGGCCUCCAAGAACCGCCGGGCUCUGGACCUGGUGGCCGCCAAAUGCUAUUACUACCACGCGCGCGUCUACGAGUUCCUCAACCAGCUGGACAGCAUCCGCAGCUUCCUGCACACGCGGCUGCGCACGGCGACGCUGCGCCACGACGCCGACGGCCAGGCGGUUCUCCUCAACCUCCUGCUGAGGAACUACCUCAACUUCAACCUCUACGAUCAGGCUGAGAAGCUCGUGUCCAAGUCUGUCUUUCCGGAACUGGCCAACAACAACGAGUGGGCCCGAUACCUCUACUACACCGGUCGCAUCAAAGCCAUCCAGCUGGAAUAUUCCGAGGCUCGCCGGACUUUAACCAACGCGCUGAGGAAAGCCCCCCAACACACCGCCGUGGGCUUCAAGCAGACGGUCCACAAGCUGCUGAUUGUGGUGGAGUUGUUGCUGGGAGAAAUUCCCGACAGGCUUCAGUUCAGGCAGCCGUCGCUCAAGCGGUCGCUCAUGCCCUACUUCCUGCUCACUCAGGCGGUGCGAACGGGCAACCUCUCCAAGUUCAACCAAGCGUUGGAGCAGUUUGGCGAGAAGUUCCAGACGGACGGCACGUACACGCUCAUCAUCCGCCUCAGACACAACGUCAUCAAGACGGGCGUGCGUAUGAUCAGCUUGUCGUACUCGCGCAUCUCGCUGGCUGACAUCGCGCUCAAGCUGCAGCUGGACAGUCCUGAAGACGCCGAGUUCAUUGUGGCCAAGGCCAUCCGAGACGGCGUGAUCGAGGCGAGCAUCAACCACGAGAAAGGCUUCGUCCGCUCCAAGGAGACCAUGGACAUCUACGGCACCCGAGAACCUCAGCUGGCCUUCCACCAGAGGAUCUCCUUCUGCCUGGACAUUCACAACAUGUCUGUCAAGGCCAUGAGGUUUCCGCCCAAAGCGUACAACAAGGACUUGGAGUCAGCUGAGGAGCGUCGUGAGCGUGAGCAGCAGGAUCUGGAGUUCGCCAAAGAAAUGGCCGAAGACGACGACGACAGCUUCCCCUGAACCCCUCCCUCUCGCCGUUGACUCCCUGUGCGCAAAGGAAGUGCUUGUCUGUUUAUUACCCACAAUGCCCCUCUCCUCCUGGUUUGUUUUUUUUCCUCAAGUGAACAAAUAAAGAUGGCGAGCUCGUAAACGGC